AUGGCACCUUCGUCAGGACGGCGGCAACCGCCAAGCACGGAAGAAUUAGAUGAGCGUAAUAUCGUAGGUAUCAACAAAGAAACAGUCACCAAUACAGUCUCCAAUGAUUACCCGGAAAACUACGCGAACGAAGAGAACGCAUGGGACAAGGAGGCUUUCCGCAAGAGCUUCAAAAUCCAAUGGCACCAAAAUGAGCAAUUUGAGGCGCAAUUCUCGCUUAUCGGAGUUGACGCUUCCAUAGCAAACGCCUUCCGCCGAAUUCUCAUCGCUGAGAUUCCCACCCUCGCCAUCGACAUAGUCUACAUCCACAACAAUACCUCCGUAAUCCAAGACGAAGUUCUCGCCCACAGAUUGGGUCUCAUCCCCUUCACUGGCGGGAAGAAGGGUCUGCGGGAGUGGAUGCGGUUCUGGCGACGGCCCGCCGAGGGCGAGGGUGCCUACGAUACGACUUUCGACAACAACACAGUAUGUCUGAAGCUCAAGGCGCAGUGCACGCACAACAAGAACGCGCCGCCCAACUCCAAGGACCCGAAGGAGCUAUACCACAAUGCGCACCUGUACGCCAAGGACAUCACGUUCGAGAUGCUCGGCGCCCAACCUAAGUUCUUCUCGGGUGAAGACGCUGUUCGCCCUUUCAACCCGGACAUCUUAAUCGUCAAGAUGCGCCCCGGCCAGGAGGUCGAUAUCGAAAUGCAUAUGCAUAAGGGCUACGGCUGGGAUCAUGCCAAAUGGUCCCCCGUUGCCACCGCCAGUUACCGACUCAUGCCGUCUAUCAAGAUCACGCAGCCGAUCUUGGGCGACGACGCCAAAAAGUUCGCGGGAUGUUUUAUGGACGGCGUGAUCGGAUUAGAGCCCGUGACGCGGCAGGAAGCCCGUAAAAAAGGUAGCGGGUAUGAGGGCCACGAAGGCGAGCUUAAGGCCGUGGUGAAGGACCCGAUGCGCGACACGGUGAGCCGCGAGGCGCUACGACAUCCCGAGUUUGAGGGCAAGGUCAAGCUAGGCAGGAGACGGGACCACUUUAUCUUCUCGAUCGAGAGCACGGGCCAGUGGGAUAGCGACGAGUUAUUCCUCGAGUCCGUCAAAACCCUAAAGAAAAAGUGCCAGGUGCUCCGGCCGCAGGUCACGAAUAUGGUCUACACGUACUAG